CCACACGCUGACCUCCUGUUGGCCCUUACUGUGUGCGCGAGCGCGAUGCUCCUGAAUGGAGAGGGGGGGCUCUCUGUCUCCACCUGUCGGCUGCCCCCCCCUCACUGCGCCUCCCGCCGCAUUCUCACAACACACAGCCAACAUGGCGGAGAGCGAAACCUUGGAGACUGUUACGGAGCAUGAGCGCAUUCUGCAGGAGAUUGAGAGCACGGACACAGCCUGCGUUGGUCCGACGCUUCGGUCUGUAUACGAUGACCAGCCUAACGCACACAAGAGGUUUAUGGAGAAACUUGAUGCCCGAAUACGAAACCACGACCGGGAGAUCGAGAAGAUGUGCAACUUCCACCAUCAGGGUUUCGUCGAUGCCAUCACAGAGCUGCUUAAAGUCCGUGCAGAUGCUGAGAAACUGAUGGGCCAAGUGACCGACACCAAUCGAAGACUUCAAGACGCCGGGAGAGAGGUGACGGCCCAAACGGAGGAGGUCAUUCGCUGCAGGAUCCAGCAGAGGAACAUGGCCACCACAGUGGAGAAGCUACAGCUGUGUAUCCCUGUUCUGGAAAUGUACAGCAAACUGAAGGAACAGCUUGAAUCCAAAAGAUAUUACGCUGCACUGAAGACCAUGGAGCAGCUGGAGAACAUCUACAUCCCCAGAGUGAGCCAGUAUCGCUUCUGUCAGAUCAUGGCUGAGACGCUCCCUAAACUUCGGGAGGAGAUAAAGGAAAUUUCCAUGUCUGACCUGAAGGACUUCCUGGAGAGCAUCCGAAAGCACUCGGAUAAGAUCGGAGAAACGGCCAUGAGACAGGCUCAGCAGCACAGAACAUUCAUCAGUGCUGUUCAGAAGCAGGCGAGUCUGGGAUGUGCUAAACCUCUGUACAGCUUGAACGGCAGAACUACCCUCCAGCACAACGGACUGGUUGGGGAGGAUGCAGCUGAUGAAGAGGAGGGUGAUGAUGAAGUUUUAACAGCGCAGGAUCUGGUGGACUUCUCUCCUGUGUACCGGUGUCUUCACAUCUACUCUGUGCUGGGUGACCGAGAGACAUUUGAAAAUUACUACAGGAAGCAAAGAAAAAAACAGGCGAGGUUGGUGCUGCAGCCUCAAUCAAACAUGCAUGAAACAGUGGAAGGCUACAGAAAGUACUUCAACCAGAUUGUUGGGUUUUUUGUGGUGGAGGAUCACAUACUGCACGCCACUCAAGGCCUAGUCACCAGAGCUUUCACAGACGAGUUGUGGAACAUGGCCCUGUCCAAAAUCAUCGCCGUUCUCCGCACACACUCAUCCUACUGUAACGAUCCUGACCUGGUCCUGGAGCUGAAGAACCUGAUUGUUAUAUUUGCAGACACGUUACAGGGUUACGGUUUCUCAGUGAACCGACUGUUUGACCUUUUGUUUGAGAUUCGAGAUCAAUAUAAUGAAACACUUUUGAAGAAGUGGGCUCUCGUUUUUAGAGAGAUAUUCGAGGAGGACAACUACAGCCCCAUUCCUGUAGAAACUGAAGAAGAGUACAAGUCUGUGAUCAGUAGAUUCCCCUUCCACGAUGCAGAGAUUGAAAAGCAACCAUUUCCAAAGAAGCUCCCGAUGUCCCAGUCAGUGCCUCAAAUCUACAUUCAGGUGAAGGAAUUCAUCUACGCCAGCCUAAAGUUCUCCGAAUCACUACAUCGCAGCUCUACUGAGAUUGACGACAUGCUUCGUAAAUCUACUAACCUCCUGCUGACCAGGACGCUGAGCGGCUGCUUACAGAACCUCAUCAAAAAGCCCCACAUAGGAUUAACCGAGUUGGUUCAGAUCAUUAUAAACACCACGCACUUAGAGCAAGCAUGUAAAUACCUGGAGGACUUCAUCACGAACAUCACCAACGUCUCUCCGGAAACCGUUCACACCACAAGACUCUACGGGCUCUCCACCUUUAAGGACGCGAGGCACGCAGCUGAAGGAGAAAUCUACACCAAGCUCAACCAGAAGAUCGACGAGUUCAUCCAGCUGGCCGACUACGAGUGGAACAUGGGCGAGUCGGACGGCCGGGCCAGUGGCUACCUCAUGGACCUCAUCAAUUUCCUGCGCAGCACCUUCCAGGUCUUCACACACCUUCCGAAUAACAACAAUGAUCAUGCAGCGAUGUCGGGGAAGGUGGCUCAGACGGCCUGCAUGUCGGCAUGCAAGCACCUUGCCACCUCGCUGAUGCAGAUGCUGCUGGACACCGAGCUCAAGCAGAUCAGCAUGGGGGCCAUCCAGCAGUUCAACCUGGAUGUCAUACAGUGUGAACUGUUUGCCAGUUCAGAGCCUGUACCAGGAUUCCAGGGGGACACUCUACAGCUGGCAUUCAUUGACCUUCGACAGCUCCUAGACCUGUUCAUGGUGUGGGAUUGGUCCACGUACCUGGCAGACUAUGGCCAGCCCACCUCCAAGUAUCUGCGGGUCAACCCCUCCACUGCACUAGCACUUUUGGAAAAGGUCAACAGAGGGAUGAAGGACACAAGCAAAAAGAACAACAUCUUCUCGCAGUUCAGGAAGAACGACCGUGACAAGCAGAAGCUGAUUGAGACGGUGGUGAAGCAGCUGAGGAGUCUGGUGAACGGCAUGUCCCAGCACUCCUAAACACCCCCCUCCCCCCAACCCCUACCCAGUCGCUGCAUCACACUUCAUGGUUCUUACCCGUUACCAGGCUUUUUUUCAGCAGCAGUGUGUGUGGUGAACAAAGCAUGGUGCGGACUUGUGGACGUCCAUUUGUCCCUCAUUUCAGAGUGUGAUGGCAUUGUUCACUAUGUUUGGUGUGCAGCUGCUCAGGGUGAUGCAGUUCUGAAGUUCAUGCAGCUGCGUUCCUCAUGUUGUCUGCCAAAACAUCUCCCACUGUGUGACUUUUCAUUUCUGACUGGACUGAUAGUGUGUAAAUACGGGACAAAAGCAGUGAAAAGUGUGGAGGUGGGGACAGAAUGCAGAACACAGUGAAGCAGCAGUUCUGUUCUUUCUUUUUUUUUUUCUUGCAAUGUAUUUUUAAUGGCUGAGAACUAUGUUUUGUAUAUUGUGUAAGUGGAAAAAAAUGAUUGUAUCGCUAAAAUGGAGCGUGUUCUUCAGAGUGCAGGUGUGAGAAUGAGAGAGUUAAGGCUGAGGGACCAUGAAGUCCAUCUACGAGACUGAUGUUCACGUUGAGAUCCUGAGAUUCUCUGUGGUGUGAUGGGGGAUGAUGUUUUUACUGUACAUAUUUUUAAAUAUAUUUAACACUACUGUAAACUCAUGCUCUCUCCACUGGUCUGGUUUGAGUGAAAUUAACAGGAUACUCUGAUAGGGUAACUCGGUGGGGACAAGAACACUUUGCAUGAGUAUGUUUUUCUUUUUUUAAUAUUUAAAGAAGGCCAGAGGACCUUUUCAUAACUUAUAAACUUUUAACUCAGAACCUUUUUUUUUCUUCAAGUAAGGGAAGAUGAGCUUCAGUCAUCGAAACAUUUCAUCAGACACAAUGUCCAGAGCACUUCCUUUGUGUCUUCAACGCUCCAUAGAGUUAGUUUUUUUUUUCAUUUUUAAUUUCCUCAGGGUGAAAUAAAUGAAAGCUUUUGAGUUUAAAACGCUUUAGAGUCUCUCGCUAAACCUAAAAAGAGCAAUAAUUGGUCGAGUUACAGGUCCAGAAACCUGUAUUUCAUGAUUGAGUUGGUCUUGGGUUUUUCAGCAGGCAUUUUGCACUGAAUAUUAUUUAAGUUUGCCUUUCCAAAAAGAAAAAAAAAAAAAAAUAUAUAUAUAAAAUGUGUAUAUAUAUUAUGUAAUUAAAAUGUCACUGUAUAUACCACAUUUUUUCGUUUAAUUGAAUGUAGGUAUUCUCUACAUCAAUUUCAGGGAAGGGUUCUUCCAUUCCCAAAAUCUAAACUAUGUACAGUAGACUUAAAAAAAAAAAAAAAAAAAAAUUCAAAUUCUCAGCGAUGCCUCAUGUGCUUUAAGAGGUUGAGCUCAGUUUUAUGGCUGAAACACAAGAAGCUACUUAAACCCCUGCAUCAUUCCAGUGUCAAAAAGAAAAGUGUCCAAGAAAUGUCUGACUGGCAGUUAGCUGUAGCAUCUCUGCCAUGAAUUUCAGUGAGCGCUUGUUUCCAGAAUCCAUUUGUUUUUCUUUGUGUGCUUUAAUAAAAUGUGGAUCACCAAA